GCAACGCGUUCCUCUGGAGGCGCUCAGGAGGCAGUCAAGAUCCAUCGCCGCCCGGAGAUGUCGGAAAGUCAAGUUUUCAGCCGAGGGCGAUCAUGACAGGAACAUACCGGAGAUCGAAAGCGCGUACGAAGAUGAGGAGCAAUUCGCCAGGGGCGGCGCAACCCCUGGUGAAGGCGUCGUCGGUGAAGAGGACGACGGACCAGGCGGAGGUAGUGCGAACUUCCCUCUGAGAAUGGCGGCCGACACAGCGAGGGGUCGGAUCACCGCCGUCGGCGGCUUCCUCCGAGGCGCCGCCGGGCAGCACGUGAACUUCGACCCCGAGGCGCCUCCACCGCCGCCCCACGCCGUUCAUCAACAGACGACCGGUCUGCUCGAGCGACCGGAAGUCGACAAGAAAGUCAAGAGGCACAGCAUACACGGCAUGAUGGAGGAAGAGAACGUGGUGAGACCUCAUCAGGAAAUGGCCACCCUCUCGCUUCAGGAGAAGAAAUAUCUUCUUGCUGUCGAGCGUGGGGACGUGGCUUCCGUUAGAAGAAUGCUCCAGAAAGCUCAGGAGGCCGAUAUUAACAUCAACUGCGUGGAUCCUCUCGGACGAUCGGCGCUGCUCAUGGCGAUCGAUAAUGAAAAUCUCGAGAUGGUGGAGCUUUUAAUAGAGCACAAGGUCGAUACCAAGGAUGCGCUCCUCCACGCUAUCUCCGAGGAAUUCGUCGAGGCGGUGGAGGUCCUUUUGGAGCACGAGGAGACCCUUCACAGGAAUGGCGAGCCUCAUAGCUGGGAGGCUCUGCCCGCUGAAACAGCCACGUUCACGCCCGACAUCACGCCGUUGAUCCUGUCGGCUCACCGGGACAACUACGAAAUCAUAAAGAUCCUGCUGGAUCGCGGAUCCACUCUGCCGAUGCCGCACGACGUGCGCUGCGGAUGCGACGAGUGCGUGACAUCGAGGAUGGAGGAUUCCCUGAGGCAUUCAAGGAGCCGAAUAAACGCCUACCGGGCGUUGGCGUCGCCGUCCUUGAUAGCGCUGUCGUCUAAGGAUCCCAUUCUGACUGCCUUCGAGCUCUCCUGGGAACUUCGACGACUCUCGUUCUUGGAGCACGAAUUCAAGUGCGAGUAUCAGGAACUCCGAAGACAGUGCCAAGAUUUCGCCACCGCUUUGCUGGACCACACUAGAACUUCCUACGAGCUCGAAGUCCUGCUGAAUCACGACCCAACGGGACCAGCCUUUGAGCACGGGGAGAGGAUGCAUCUGAACCGCUUAAAAUUAGCCAUUAAGCUCAGACAGAAAAAGUUCGUGGCGCAUCCGAACGUGCAGCAGCUACUGGCAUCGAUCUGGUACGAGGGCCUGCCGGGGUUCCGUAGGAAGAACAUGUUCCUCCAGGCGCUGGAGAUCGUACGGAUCGGCAUCCUCUUCCCGUUUUUCAGCGUGGCGUACAUCAUCGCACCUCACAGCGUGGUCGGCCAGACUAUGAGGAAGCCGUUUAUCAAAUUCAUCUGUAACUCCGCGUCGUAUUUCACUUUUCUAUUCAUGUUAAUUCUGGCUAGUCAGCGGAUAGAAAGCGUGAUCGGUAAUUGGAUGGGACGCGACGUCGUGCAGCACGAAGAACCAGCGCCGACGAAGAGAGGUGCCGCCCCGACGAUCGUGGAAUGGUUUAUCUUGGCCUGGGUGUCGGGACUGAUCUGGUCGGAGGUCAAACAAUUGUGGGACGUGGGCUUGGAGGAGUACGUGAACGACAUGUGGAACGUGAUCGACUUCGUGACGAACUCGCUCUACGUGGCCACGGUGGCGCUCAGGGUCGUAGCUUACUACAGGGUGCAGAAGGAGAACGAGGGUCAGUCGCCGGGAUCGCCGGCGAUCGAGCUUCAGCGGGAGCAGUGGGACACGUGGGACCCGAUGCUUAUCUCCGAGGGCCUCUUCUCCGCCGCCAACAUCUUCAGCUCGCUGAAGCUCGUCUACAUAUUCUCCGUGAAUCCCCACCUCGGCCCGCUGCAAGUCUCCCUGUCGAGGAUGGUCAUGGACAUCAUGAAGUUCUUCUUCCUCUACGUGCUGGUUCUCUUCGCCUUCUCGUGCGGUCUCAAUCAACUUCUGUGGUAUUACGCCGACAUGGAGAAGAAACGAUGCCCCACGGCGAUGGCGCAUUUACCCAACGCGAACGUCACCACUGAUUCCAACGCGUGCAUCGUUUGGCGCCGUUUCGCCAAUCUGUUUGAAACUACCCAAACGCUCUUCUGGGCGGUUUUCGGCCUGGUGGACCUCGAGAGCUUCGAGCUGGACGGCAUCAAGGUGUUCACCAGGUUCUGGGGUAUGCUGAUGUUCGGCACUUACUCGGUCAUCAACAUCGUCGUCCUCCUGAAUCUCCUGAUCGCCAUGAUGAAUCAUUCCUAUCAGUUAAUCUCCGAACGCGCCGAUGUCGAGUGGAAGUUUGCGAGGAGCAAACUUUGGAUCAGCUAUUUCGAGGAGGGUGGAACCGUGCCGCCGCCGUUUAACAUCAUACCGACCCCGAAAAGCGCCUGGUACGUCGGACAGUGGUUGUACCGAAAGCUCUGUGGACACAGCAGGGCCGCCAAGAAGGAGCACAUGCGGACGAUCCGGCGGAAGGUGAAACAAGCUUCCGAGCGGGACUUCAGGUACCAGAGCAUCAUGAGAAAUUUGGUAAGGCGAUAUGUCACCGUGGAGCAGCGGAAAGCGGAAGGCGAGGGCGUCACAGAGGACGACGUGAAUGAGAUCAAGCAAGACAUCAGCGCAUUUCGCUGCGAGCUCAUCGAGAUACUGAAAAAUUCCGGCAUCGAUACCUCCACCGCGGCGAGCAGCGGCACCGGUGCGGGUGGCAAGAAGAACCGCCAGAAGGAGCGGCGUUUGAUGAAGGGCUUCAACAUCGCACCGCAGCCGGGCGGGAGCGGCACCCUGCCGCCCGUCGCCGAGUUCAUAGCGUCUCUGCAGCAAGUGCAGAGCGAGAACUCCCAUCAGGAGCUAUUUGGCUCCACUCUGAGCGGCAUAUUCGGGCCGGGCACGACCCCGAAGAAGAGCCCGCAUCAUACCAGCACUAAUAGCGUACCGGGGCUCGCCACCGGGCCGCGACAAAUUCGCGGCAGCAGAAGCAGCUCCAGGAAAAAGCGUUGGGGCACUUUGAUCGAGGCGGCGAAAGCCGGCAGGGUCUCGAGACUGAUCGGUAGAUCUCGUUCGGAGGACUCGGUGUACUCGCCGGCGUCCGAGGACGGCGGCUCGCGAUCCGAGGGCUCCUCGGACUCCAAGUCCUCCUUGGAGACGCCCACCGCAAGCCACGACCUACAGACGACGCAGCAUCCCCAUCACUCGCAUCAUCACGCGCAUCAUCACGAGACGCAUCACAUGUUCGCCCACGGCCUGGGCCCGGCUCUGGCUGCCCUGAGGAAGAAGCGCAAGAAGUUCUCCGUCUCGAGAUCCUCGACGCCCGCGAUGACCAGCAGCACCAACACGAACCCCGCGGAGAGCAGCGGCGCGAUGCAUCCGAUCGCGAGCGCCCUGAUGUCCAGGGUGACGAAGAAGCAGCUGCAACGCGCCAGCAGCGUGCCCACCAGGGGUCCCGAUUUAGCGCCGCAGGCGAUAACGGCGCGACGGCACGAGGUGACGCAGAGCCAGCAGCCGAGCCUCGACGUCGUCGAGAUCGCCAGUAUCACCGAGCAGCAAGGUGUUGUCAGUAUGGCACCACUGACACCAUCGACCACCGAGGAGAGCGUGGUGGCGAGCGGCUCGACGUCGAUCACCGUGAAGCGAAACGGAUCGGCGACGCAGCUGCAACGUCUUCCUGGCAUCGAGCCGAUUUCCGGCCACGACGUGUCGGCCGGGUGGCUCUGAGGAAACCGGCGUGUCGCCGGCGGGCGGCAACAGACCAGUUGACACAGGAAGAACCAGUCGGAACUCACCGAGCUUCGUUUUCAACGGCCGUGAGGCUAGGACGACGCCGACGUGACGAUCGUAGCAACCGAGGCACGACCGUCCCGGCGUCGGCAGACGCACAAUGAUGCCUUUCUCGCGCCAUGCCGACUAAACGUAAGAGUGACGUCGAUCGGGAAUCUCGAAGAACCCCUCCUCCCCCUCUCUCUCUUUCUCUCUCUCUCUCUCUCUCUCUCUAUCUAUCUAUCUAUCUAUCUCCUCUUUCCCGCGUCGACGACCCACCGAGACGUCCCUCUUCCUUCGUGAAUGAGUAUCCCCAGGUACAAGCACGGCCUCGUCUUCGUCGUAUUCGAUCCGUGUAUUCGACGAUAACGCGCGCGCGCACACAGCUCGGUAUUACGACUUGUCAGCAUGCGUUUUAUAUUUCUCGCACUUCGUUUAAUGUUCCCCACGUACGAAUUAAUUUGUCUCCUAGUCUGUGCGGUUUUACACGUGCCCGAGAAAGAGAGUGUCUCGUGUUCGGUGAUCACUCCGGUUGGUUCUUACUUUCGGAUAUUUAAUUUAGAUAAACGCAUUAAUCACGUACGGCGUCUCAUCGCUCGCGAUAAGACUCGCGUGGAACUCGAGUCGAGAUAUCCGUUCUACGUUGAAUCUAUUCAGUUCUAUAUUAAGCCCUCAAAGGGCUUCUAUCGUGCUCUCUUGGACGCCGUAAGUGGGAAGUUAUUCUUCCCGUCUUCUCUGCUCGAGGACUCGAUGUAGAAUCGAAAAUUUCGACUCGGGUCCGACCGUACCGAUUGAUUCACGAAUUCUUCCGUUUCCAUCGCACUUGGAGAUCGCAUCGAUCGAGUCCUUCUCGCAUGAGUAUCUUUGAGCGACGAUCGACGGUAGAUAGUACUGAGAAAUUACUACUAUUACUACUACUGCCAGAACGGAAGUGGCACGUGGGUCGGCGGCAAAUAGCCUAGUCAACAUUAGUCAGGAGAUCUCAAUGAAAGAAAGAGAAAAGAGGGAACGGUGCAGGAAAAACGACGAAAUCAUCGCACGUUGAUUAAGUUAACCGUCGCGGAACGAGACGGGAGGGACCCGCGUCGGGGCAGAAGUCGCGAAUGGGAGGUCGAAGAAUCUGUCGAGACGCCUUCAGAGAGCUGGUCUACUGAAGGAACGAUGGCUCUUUCGCUUCUUGACCCGAGCGAUCGUUUCCGUUGUUUCUCUUCUCGACGCUUCGUUUCUUCCGCAGUCAUCUCUCACGCAGGCUCACUCCUAGUCACGAAACUUUCCAGUCGACGCGAUUAUUUGUCGUACGGCGGACGAUUUUCAUUAUUUUUUAUUCUACGAUCUAGCCUAGCGACAACGGCCACGAAUGUUAAGGCCGAGAAUGUAAUUAGGUGUAUGUUUCCUUCCGCGAGGUGAUCGCGCCGCAGAUUGCACGAAGGGAACGGUCGGACCUCCUGGAAGCUCUGUCUCUCCUCCCGGGAGCCAAGAGCGUCGUCUUAACGAUCCCUACGACGAGAACGUUCGCGAUUCCGCGUUUACGCGAAUCGCCUUUCAGCGAUCCGACGAGCACCUUCUGCAAUCUGCCCGCACGCUAAAGAUUAUCGAGAGUGGCUACGAGAGAUCUUUCGUUUACGUCGUCGAACCGCCGGGGGACGUCGGACCGAUCCGAUCGAGCCGAGCGCCCCGCCGGGAUCCUUCGCGAGAGAGACGCAGGGGACGCAAGCAGGAACAAAGUGGCACGACCAAAGAACACGCCGUAGCAUAGUCGAGUAGUGGCCUAAAAGAAGUGCGACGAGAGUAACCGUACUAUUUCCUAUAGAUAUUACGUGUAUGUACGUUAAUAAUAAUUAUAAUUAUAAUGAUGAUGAUUAUUAUAUCGUUAAUGUUAA